AUGACCUACGAAAAUGGUAGCGCUAAUGGCGCUGACAGCCUGUCCAAUGGCAUGGGUGAGUGGUGAAGUUUCGAGCAGAGUAGCGGAAGAUGCCACGCUCAAGCUGCAUGGCCCAUGGGCCGAAGACUGUGUCUGGCUUUGGCGCUGGUGCAUUGCAAGGUAUAUCGCGGGCUAAUCAGAGGGGGCUGUUCGGUGGCCUCGCACCGGUUCGAGCUGGUCUCGUCCAAGUCUUGGGGCACAGCAUUGCCCGUCAUGUAACACAUGCUGACGAGCACUCCUUCUUGCCCUCAGCCAACAUGAAUGUAAACGACGGUGGUCGCCCCAAGAGCGCUUAUGUGCCUCCUCACCUUCGAGGCCAAGCACCUGCCUUCACUCCCAGGUGAGUCUGUCCGCUGUGUCCUUGAACGUCGCGAUUUGCGCUGGAGCUAAUGCUCAAGGUCCCACGUCAGAGCUGCUGCACCUUCGACCAACGAUGCCCCACCUUCCAGCUUUGGCGGCGGAGGACGCGGACCUUCAAACGGCGGCGCUUUUGGUGGUGCUCCUCGCGGUCCUCCCGGUGGCGGUCUGGCCUCUCGAUCUGGAGGCGGCGGCUGGGAUGCGCCGCCUACUCGCGGUGGUGGCUAUGGAUCUGGCGGAGGCAGGGAAGGUGGAGGCGGAGGGUUCGGAAGCUGGCGCGACGGCAAGCACGUCAUCGGUCCAGAGAAUGCUCGGACUCAGAAGGAGCUCUUUGGAGAAGCCGGGGAUGGCCUCUCCCAAGGCACUGGUAUCAACUUCGACAAGUACGGCGACAUUCCAGUCGACGCUUCUGGUCGGGAUGUUCCCGAGCCCGUAACGGAAUUCACCAGUCCUCCCAUCGACUCUCACUUGCUCAGCAACAUCCAGCUCGCCAGAUACACCAACCCCACGCCUGUGCAAAAGUACUCGAUUCCCAUCGUGGAGAUGGGUCGCGACCUGAUGGGCUGUGCACAAACAGGUUCGGGCAAGACCGGCGGUUUCCUUUUUCCGAUUCUAUCUGCGCUCUUCACCCACGGACCUCCACCACCUCCGCCCGAGAUGGCCAACGGGGGUUUCGGCAGGCGCAAAGCUUUCCCCACCACGUUGAUCCUCGCGCCCACCCGUGAGCUGGUGUCUCAGAUCCACGACGAGGCGCGCAAGUUCACCUACCGCUCGUGGGUCAAGCCAGCCGUCGUCUAUGGAGGUGCAGACAUUGGCUCGCAGCUGCGUCAAAUUGAGAGAGGCUGCGACCUACUAAGCGCCACUCCCGGACGUCUUGUCGACCUCAUCGAAAGAGGCCGCAUCUCUCUUGCCAACGUCCGCUUCCUCGUUCUCGACGAAGCUGACCGCAUGCUUGACAUGGGUUUCGAACCUCAAAUCCGACGCAUCGUCGAAGGCGAAGAUAUGCCCGGUGUCAUGGAACGCCAGACGCUCAUGUUCAGCGCAACCUUCCCUCGAGACAUUCAGAUUCUGGCCAAGGACUUCCUCAAGGAGUACGUCUUCUUGUCAGUGGGUCGUGUCGGGUCCACCUCCGAGAACAUCACUCAGAAGAUCGAGUACGUGGAGGAUGAGGAGAAACGAUCGGUUCUGCUCGACGUCAUGGCUUCCAUGCCAACCGGCGGUCUGACGUUGAUCUUCGUUGAGACCAAGCGCAUGGCGGAUAUGCUGUCAGACUUCUUGCUGCGCUCCAACAUCGCAGCGACCAGCAUUCACGGUGACAGGACACAGCGAGAGCGUGAGCGCGCUCUUGAGCUCUUCCGCACUGGACGCACGCCCAUCAUGGUAGCUACUGCAGUUGCCGCACGUGGUCUCGACAUUCCCAAUGUGACCCACGUCGUCAAUUACGAUCUGCCAUCUGACAUUGACGACUACGUUCACCGCAUUGGUCGUACGGGUCGUGCCGGAAACACAGGUCACGCCACAGCGUUCUUUAACCGCGGAAACAGAAACAUUGUCAAUGAGCUCAUCAAUCUGCUCAAGGAAGCGAACCAAGAGAUCCCAUCUUGGCUCGAGGCCGUGGGCCGCGAAAGCGCGUUCGGAGGCGGCGGGUAUGGCCGAGGCGGCAGAGGCGGACGCGGCGGCAGACCCCGCGGUGGAGGGGGUGGUGGCUUCGGAGGCCGAGAUGCUCGCGUUGGGGGUGGUGGUGGCGGGUUCGGCGGCUCUCGAGGAGGGGGAGGUGGUGGCGGUGGCUUUGGUGGAGGAGCUUACGGAGGAGGUGCUCCCGGCGGUGGUUAUGGAGGUGGUGGCGCUGCAUUUGGUGGACCUCCGCCUUCCAGUGGCGGUGGUGGCAGCUAUGGCGGUGCAGGCGGUCCUUCGUGGUGGUGA